CGGUAGUGCAACGAUACAUAGUUUGACAGUUGUUGUAUUUACACCAAAAACUUUAAACAAGAAUAACCUUAAAUAAAGUAUUCUUGUGAGUGAAACAUUACAAAAAAAGUGCUAGAAAAGUGUAAUUUAUUCUUAUAGUGCGUAAAAUAAGCAACAUGACUUCGCAAGCGUUAGCCACAUUGACCGCGACGUACACAGACUCCGAAGGUGAGGAGGAAAUGGAAGAUGGAGAUCCUACACCUGAGAAAUCGGUCACUCAUCACACACAGUCAGCUCCAACCAGUCCCAAGAACAUCGACGACACCAAACAAUCUGCUUCCGCACCAGUUUCUCCAAAACGAAGUUUGGUCUCGUACGUAGACGACACUAUCGUAUCCGAUGACGAACAAUUGUCUCCUAACGCGGAAACUCAGGACGAUAUGAGAAGAUUAUCGAUGGAAACCGAUACAGAUGAAGCUGUCCCACGAUCAGAUCCCGACGAUUCAGAGGAUAGUGUCCUCAUACCUCCGGAACCAACAGCCAAAUGUCCCAAGGAAUUACAAGACAAAAUAACAAAAUUUUACACAAGAAUGGUCAACGAAGGUUACGACAUGAACAAAAUAAUUCAGGAUAAAAAGAAUUUCCGAAAUCCAAGCAUAUACGAGAAGUUGAUACAAUUCUGCGACAUCAACGAGCUCGACACGAACUACCCACCAGAAAUAUAUGAUCCUCUAAAAUGGGGCAAGGAAUCCUACUACGAUGAGCUCGCUAAAGUCCAAAAGCUAGAGAUGGAGAAACGGGAAAAGGAUCGCAAAGAGAAGUCCAAAAUAGAUUUCAUCACCGGAGUGGCAAAGAAGUCGGACAGCGACGAUGACAAGAAACGGAAGUCCAAGUGGGACCAAGCGGCGCCCAACGUAGCCAACAAACCCAGCAUCAAACAACCGGGGCUCCUCCAGCAACCGCUGACGAGCAACGUCACCGGCACCAAGGGCACUGUGAUAUCAGCGUUCGGUUCCAUUGCCAAGAAGCCAAAACUAUGAGUUACAACACAGACGGACAUGUUAGUGAUGCAAAGAACGACAACAAUAUAAAGUGUACAAUAUUAGUUGCAGACAUUUUAAUACAGUUUUAGAAGUUGUUAAGACUGGUAGAUAGUGUAUGACAAAGUUAGACUAAAUCAUCCAUAUCAUUAUCAACGUGUGCUCCUCUCCAACUCUCCCACACUUAUGUAUAUAUUAAAACCGUUAAAUAAUUCUUGUAAAAUAAAUUAUUUGCACGACA